CUUCAAACGGUUUUGGCGCUUCCCAGUUGUUGCAGGAGGUUAUAAUGUUGAAGUGAAUUAAUAUUUUAUUAUUUUUUAACAUGUUUGUGUCGGAUUUAAAAAAGGAGUUUUAUGAAUUUUUAGCAGGAAAGCGAAUCUUUUUAAUGAUCCACUAUGAUAUUGACAGCAUCUGCGCCUGUAAAAUCCUUCAGUCGUUACUGAAGUACCGUAACAUCCUUUAUACCUUGGCAAUUGUGAGGGGCAAGGAGGAUUUGAAGCGAGCCUAUCUGGAAAACUGUGAGGAUGUUAAAUAUUUUGUACUAAUAAACUGUGGGGGUACUAUAGACAUUGUUGAGGAGCUGGAAGCUGAAGAAGAUGUAGUGUUUUUUAUACUUGAUAGUCAUAGACCAUUAGACUUGUAUAAUAUUUAUUCAAAUGAGCAAGUGAGGUUAUUAAGUGCCCCAGAGGGUGAAGCUUUGGUGCCAGAGUUUGAUGAUAUUUUUAGAGAUGAGACUGAUUCAGAAGGUGAUUCAGAAAAUGAAUCUGAUGACGAUGAGGGUAGAGCAGCAAAAAGGCGAAGGCUAGGAGAAGAAGAAAUAAUGAAAAGAAGAGAGAAAAGACUGUGGGAGGAGAAUCGCAGUAAAUUACUGUUCGAGUACUCCCAAUUUACUUAUUAUGCCAGGGCAAGUGCCAUAUCGAUGUUCGAUUUUGCCUGGAAGUUGAACAAAGAUGACAAGGAUCUGCUUUGGUUAGCAAUAGUGGCACUCACUGAGCAGUUGCUAUUUGGAAAAAUUGAAAACGCCCAGUAUACUAUUGAGAUGGAAAGUCUUAGGGCUCACUGUAAAAGACUUCAAAACAAAACGAACGAUACGGACGUUCAAACAUCACUAAAAAUUUUAUUUGAGAAAGAUUUGAGGUUAACACUGUACAGGCAUUGGACGGUUGAGCAAAGCCUAAAAUAUUCCAUGUUCACUGCAGUCAGAUUAAAACUUUGGACUUUGAAGGGCGAUAAAAAGAUUCACGAGUUACUUGCAGAAAUGGGCUUGCCACUGGUCCAAAGCAGACAACACUUCAAAUCGAUGGAUCUACAAUUAAGAAAAGAAUUCCACACUUCAAUAGAAAAACUGGCAGACAAAUAUGGACUUCAAGAUAUCGAAUUUGUUUCUUUUAUCCUACAGUACGGGUUCAGGAAUAAGUUUUGCGCCUCUGAUAUAGUGUAUGCUUUACUUGCCAUUUUAGAAGCAUCACCUCGGGAUAAGAAGCCGGAAGAGCUAUUUAAUUUGGCCCUAGACUGUUUGUCCAGGACCAAAAUGGAUGUUGUAAAUAGUGCCAUAGAGAGGUCGAAAAUUAUCGUGAAGUCUCUGUUUAAAACAGUUCAGGGGGCUUUGGAUAUGAAGCAGAUUAUUACGGCCGGACCAUUUGUCUAUUAUGUGAUACAAGAAGGUUGUUUGGAUUGGUACAUGUACUCCCAUCUGCACAUCUUAUCCCUGCUGGCUCAUUUCAUUUUAAAGGCGUACGUUUCGAUGUCCAGGAAUAGAAAAGCCGCUACGUUACCCCUGAUAGUGUCCGCACCAAAGGACAUUGACGCUGGAACUUGUAUUCUUCUAGGCAUUCCUCCUGUUUGCGAAAAUUCUCCUAGAAAUUUUUUCGGGAAGGCGUUCGAACAGGCGGCAGAUCGAAUGAAAUGUGACGUUAACUGUGAUUAUUUAGAUACAUCAUAUAUUGAAUUACAUGUUAAGGAUAGAACGAGAUUCUUUGAUGCGCUGGCAGCAUUAUUGAAUUAAUUAAGUGUUUUUUGUACAGCAUCGAAUCUUUUGUACUUGACAAAUAAAUGUAUUUAUUUUAAUUAAUUGUGACUGGAGCAUCGUGUUUAAUAAGAUCACAUAGUUUAGGUGUAAGGAUUGUAAAAAAUAUCACCGAAUCAUCAUAAAUGUACCUUUAUUUUUUUGUUUGUAUUUGUUCACCAAACCAGUGUAAAUAGCAGUUUUUCACCAGUUGUACAAAUUAAUAAUUAAGAAAUUACACUAAUAUUUCAUUCGAAAUACACCUUUUUUUAAAUAAAAA